AUGGAUCCCAAUGCUCGGAGUGUCACCAUCACUAGCAGGCACAAAGAUCAGUGUGUACGGUGGGACUGUAGACGAGUCCCUCUAAGACCGUUAGAGUAUUGCGAUGUGUCCUGCCAACAGAUGGCUGCUUCGGAUUCACAAUCGCCCCUCCCGUUCUUGAUGUCAAAUGUCUACUCUUCGACUACUGAAUUUGCCCUCAUUGCUGGAAAGAUUUUCAACCUGAUGAACGCUGGAAAGGAGUGCGGAAUUCCUCGACCCUCGCAAGAUGUGUUUCAGAUCCCUCCAUGGCAGUCGAGUAAGGUCAAUCUUGAGUUUGCUGCAUGGGAAGAUUAUCGCCAGUGGCUGUUGAUCGGAUCGUCCCAAAUUCCUGCAACUUUGGAUUUCAACUGGGUAGCAAAGUGGUUGCGGAAGAGGAUGAGGAAAGUGAUAGUGAUUGAUUCAAGCGGCUCUACUCUGGAAAUGGAAGGUGAAGGUGGAGAGUGA